CAUGAACAGUAUAUAAGUUGGAGAAUCGCGUAUGAUUUUUAAACGCUAUUUUAAAGCCUUCUGUUACGUGACAUUAAAGUUUGAAACAAAAAAGAAAUAGUGAAGUUCGUCUGAUUAUUCCUGUGUAUUACACAUACGAAUGAGUUUGACACCAUAAGGCGAUUGUAUUAGUGUUUGCGGUCGAUUACAUUUAAAUAUCAACUGGGAAAAGUAACUGUAUAUUCUUUAACAAUCAUGAUAAGAUUAGCAAUAAUCUGCUUCCUAAUUUCGAUGAUCAGAAGCGAAGACUGUAACUUCAAUAUUAAUGACGUAUAUGAAUUAAGACAACUUUUCCAUGAUUCUGAACGUCGAAUGGAAAGAGCAACUCGAGGUCAAAGUGGAAAUGCGGCAAUUGUCAUAGGCAGUGCAAGAAGUGGCAAAAGUACAUUAAUUAAUUACUUGAUGGGAAAUGCAUUGAUUGCUUAUAAUGAGAAACGUGAAAUAAAAAUAAAAAAAGCUAACAAUAAUGUCAGAGGACCAGAAAUUGGUGCUGGAUCAGUGUCAGUGACUACAAUUCCCACAAAAUGGAACUCAGAAAGGUCAGCAUUACAGAAUUUGGACUUCUGGGAUACCGCUGGAUUUGAGGACAAUAGAGGUGAAAAGGAAGAUAUAAAUAAUGCCUUUCAUAUGUAUCAUUUGACAAAAAAGGUCGAUUCUCUGAAACUUAUUUUAGUAAUCAGCUAUAACGACAUUACUAGUGGAAAUAUUAAUCAGAUUUUAACACUUUUAAAAACUGUAGGAGGAUAUUUUAAUAACACGUUUGAAGAUAUUUUCCCAAGUAUAUCAGUAAUUAUCUCAAAAGCACCUAACCAAAUUAAUAAUGGUUAUCCAGUCGAUUCUGAAUUCCUCAAUUAUAAAUUAAAUACAAAUUUAUUAUCAAGUUCAGAAUUGGAUAUAUCCGAAGUUUCAAAAGACUUUGUACGGCAUAUAAUAAAUAAUAACCAACGUGUAGCCUUCUUCAGGAAAGUGAAAAAAGUAGGGAGAGUUACUUCUGACAUCGAUGAUAAUAUUACUCAAGCUAUUAAUAACUGCGAUAGCAUAAGAAAGCCAUCUCAUCAGGAUAUAGGUUUCACAUUUUCAGUCAAAUCGAAACUUUGCCUGCAAAGGACUAAUGAUGAUUUACUGAACAUGAAUGAUUUUACAGAUUUAACUUCAGUAGUGAAUAAGAGGUACAUUGAAAACCACAAUGAUUUGAACAGGACGUUAGAUAGAAGUGUAUUAUUGCAAAAAAAUUCCAGUUUUCAGCAAAUCUACAGACGAAUUAAUAUUUCUUCAUUGGAUAAUUCUGAUGCAAAGUUUAAAAUUAAAAUUCUGGAAGAGAGUGAUAAUAUUAUUAAAGACUUUAUUACGAAGAAAAAAUUAGAGAAUAAAAUCAGCCUAACUGAAUUUAUUGAUAGCAUAAUUAUGUCAGGAAAAAUAAAAAGAAUAAACAUUUUAUUGGAGGCUAUUGUUGAAAUACUAUAUGACAGAUUAUCAUUAUUAAUUUCAUUAUGUCAACUUAUGCUAAACAAUAUUGAUAGAGUUGAAUUUAACCGUAGAAUGAUAGAACUUAAAAGAUCGCAAGAAGCAGCAGUUAGGAAGUUGGAAGAAAAAAUACGAAAUAUAGAAAUACCUGAAAAGGAGAAAAGCAUUUGGGAAACAAUAUGGCAGUAUAUUUCUGGUGCACUGUCAAAUCCAAUAGUAUUAGGAUAAAUGAAAUAAUUGUAGACUAAAAGAGAUGUUGUCAUUUACUGUAUCUAAACAAACGUUAUUUUACGUUGAUAUUAACCUGCGGUUUUAUCAUUUUUCAAUUUUGCAGGAUAUAAAUGUAUAAUUUUGUUAAAAUUAAUUUUGACUAUUUUAUUUUUACUCUGAUAUUAAAUACAACUAUUUGGCUUCAAGUUA